GCUCCGUACACUGAGCAGCUACAAAUAGCCACUUGUUUGACUCAGUUUAUUGGAGUUGACAUGACAUUAAAAUGAUUGUUUGGAUUCCUAUUUUUAAGGCUUUUUUCGUUCUUUAACAUUCGGCAGGGUGAUUGGUUUUUGCCAGUUAUUUACUUCUUGCAAGCUAGAUGCAGCCUUUGUGUUUCACCAUAACCGUAUCUCUAUCGCUAGAGGAGAGAAAUAGGUGAUAUAUGCGCGCAUACAGGUAAGCCUCUUAAGAAUGUCAUGAUUAUUAGGCACCAGUAAGAACACUUGACAUGCAAUUGAAAUUGUAGAGCAUACAAGCCAUGGUCAGCGUACUGAUCAGUUUUCAACCUUACGAGUCAGUUUUCUUACGGAUCAUCAUUGCGAAUUAAACAAGAGUUAGUCGUUUCACUUAUAUCUCUACAAAUCCAGCACAAAAAAAUCAGAGAAAAGAUGGUCGAAAUCUUUUCGUAGAUCUUAAAUCGUAAUCUGUGACGUGGAGCAGUCUAUUUUCAAAUCAUUGAAGACGUAUAUGAAGAUUGUUUUGAUAGUUCAUAUAUGAAGGUAUGUGGAGAUGACCUGAAAGGGACCUGAUAAUCUGUACCUUGGCAUUAACCGAGUCAGGAGGGAUAAUUCAUAAGCCUUUGUAUUUCACUUCCGACGCGAGGCACAUUGUUUGACAGUGUAUUGUCAUAUUAAACGAAGAAAUCCUCCUGACUACACAGACAGCCGAGAGGCAAAGUAAUUGCAACGUGUAGUCAUAGCAACAGGUACUUGAGUCUCCUCUCUUUCGACAUUGAGAGACAUCUUCAACGUCAAUGCGGCUAUGUGCGUGUGCAUAUGAAAGGACUGUGCUCUGCGCGUUACAAUGAUUCGUCCUUCAUACAAGUUUUCACCGCUCCGUGUUCAACAGGUUGGUCACAAUGAGAAGGAUGUGCGGAGGAUGCGUCAAAACUCUGAGCGUGCUUGCACCGCUGGUCGUGUGCUAUAGGGACCGAGUGUGUUUCAGUCAUCUGUAGUGUUUUUGUCAUAUUGUAUCUGACAGCCUUGACUCAACCAUCUGAUAUUUGAAGGGAACAGGAGAAUGUAUUCAAAGGCAAGAAGCAGACUUAAGUGGGGGAGGACCGCUUGUCUUCUGUCUGGCGUCCUGAUGUGCUGCGUGUACCAGCUCUCCCCCAGACACCUGGAGACCGGAACGGCAGGUGAUGAGGAGCGCUUCCUCUCCCGGGAGUUGCGCUCCAAGCCCAGAAGGACAGACGCUCCUCCGAUACACACACCACCUCCUCCGCUCACAAACAGGACCAGAGACAUCACAAGGCAGUGCAUCUUUGUGGAGCCCCUGCCCAGGCCACCCACCACCCCUACUCCCACUGUGACCACCAUUCCCACCCCCAACCCCACCACACCCUUUGCCCCGCCGGGAGACGCCCCGCACAUGAAGGGGGCGUACCCCGAGGACUUGUUCACGGUGGAGGACCGGCGGAAGGGCUGGGUGCUGCUGCACAUUCUCGGCAUGAGCUACAUGUUCGUGGCGCUAGCCAUAGUGUGCGACGAGUUCUUCGUGCCGGCGCUUGGGGUCAUCACCGACAGGCUGGAGAUCUCAGACGAUGUGGCCGGGGCCACCUUCAUGGCCGCCGGCGGGUCGGCGCCGGAGCUGUUCACCUCGCUCAUCGGCGUAUUCAUCUCGCACAGCAACGUGGGUAUCGGCACCAUCGUGGGCUCGGCCGUGUUCAACAUCCUCUUCGUCAUCGGCAUGUGCGCGCUGUUUUCGCGCACCCUGCUACACCUCACCUGGUGGCCUCUCUUCCGGGACGUGUCCUUCUACAUCCUCAGCCUGCUGCUGCUUAUCGUCUUCUUCCUGGACAGCACCAUCCACUGGUGGGAGAGUGCGAUACUGCUGCUGGCCUACGUGGGCUACGUCACUUUCAUGAAGCACAACGAGGAGCUGGAGCUGAUGGUCAAGGAGCAGCUCAGGAAGCACCAAAGCAUCGUCACUGUCCUGGGAAUGGAGGAACCAGAGCCGGAGCCAGAGAAGGAAAGCGAGCCUGCAGUUGAAGAGACAAAACCUCCUGAGCCACUCCGAAAAGAGAGCCUCACUCUGAAGGUGAAGCCACAGGUGAAGCCAGCUUUGCAGCGUGGGGGAAGUUCAGCAUCACUGCAUAACACCACUAUGCGAAGCACUGUAUACCAGUUGAUGAUACACACCUUAAAUCCUCUAGAAGGGACCAGGAAGAGUCUGCUGCCCUCCGUCUCAGUGCAGGUGACCCCCCCGCCUGAGCCCUCCACCUCUCAACCCCCCAAACAGGAGGAUACGAAAGAGGGAGCAGAGAAAGAGAAGGAGGCUGAGGAUGCUGGUGAAUCAGAUGAUAGUGAUGAAGGUGACAGUGAUGAAGAUGAGGAUGACAGUGAUGAUGAUGACGACGACGAUGAUGAUGAUGAAGAAGAAGAGAACGAGGAUGAAGAGAAAGAAGAACCACUCUCCUUGGACUGGCCUGACUCCCAGCGUAAGCAGGUCACCUAUCUCCUCCUACUGCCCAUAGUGUUUCCCCUGUGGCUGACCAUACCUGAUGUACGCCGACCGGCAUCAAAGAAGUACUUUGCCGGUACAUUUUUGGGCUCCAUCAUGUGGAUUGGUAUAUUUUCUUACCUCACCGUGUGGUGGGCCCAUCAGGUGGGUGAGACCAUUGGCAUCUCGGAGGAGAUUAUGGGUCUGACCAUCCUGGCCGCAGGCACAUCUGUCCCUGACCUCAUCACCAGUGUGAUUGUAGCACGCAAGGGUCUGGGGGACAUGGCUGUGUCCAGCUCUGUGGGCUCCAACAUCUUUGAUAUCACUGUGGGUUUGCCAGUGCCCUGGUUGCUGUACUCGAUGUCUCACGGUGGCCAGGCAGUGCCUGUCAGCAGCAACGGCCUCUUCUGCGCCAUCGUGCUCCUCUUCCUCAUGCUGCUCUUCGUCAUCAUCUCCAUCACCGUGUGCCGCUGGAAGAUGAGCAAGCGCCUGGGCCUCAGCAUGUUCCUGCUCUACCUCCUCUUCCUGGUCCUGAGCGUGCUCCUCGAGAAGCGCAUCAUCCUCUGCCCCGUCACUAUCUGACUGCACCAGGAGUCAUCAGGAGUCUGUCCACGAAAUAUGCUUCUGGAAGUGAACCGAGUGGGCCGAAAUGAGGACGUCUCAUUGGCCAGCCGUUAG